AUGGGUCCUCCCGCAUACCAAUUCAGAGGGAAUGAUGGUCCCUCAAAUAACAACUCAAGCGAUCGGAACGACCGAAACGACCGUAACGAUCGAGGCGGUCGUAGUAGAGGACGACCUAGAGGUCGCGGACGUGGCGGACGCGGUGGAAAUGCCGGCCGCGGUGGUUUUGAGUUCAGCUUUCGAUUCCCACCUACUGCCGAACGCCCACUAUUGAGUACCGAGCGAGAGAAAACUCCAGAGUUGUUGCUGGCUGAAGACGCCAGUGAGAAACCUGCGCUCAAAUUCGCCUCUCUUGACGCGCUCAGUGACAGCGAGGAAGCUGAGAUGGACUUCUCGGACUCAGAUGAAGAGGCUCGCCCCCGCAAAAAACGCGCGCUUGGCGCCGAUGGCAAUGACUCUCCAGUCGAACUACCCCCUACACCGCCACCGAAGUGGUCCAACCCUGACCCUUACACAGCGCUCCCGCCUCCAGAUGAGAGCCAACACAAACGGGUCGACAUGGUCAAGUUGAUUCGCAAAGCAAGGCUGGCGAAUGCUACCCAGGCGAAGCAGAACGACGCGGUUGUGGACAACCAGGACUUCAUAUCUCUCGGGAUGCCGGAUGCAGCCAGUGGUCAGAAGUCGAAUGAACCGAACAAGCCAGAAAACGAAGUCCCAGAAAACAGCGCUCCCGAAAAUGCCCCCAAAGGCCCCAAGGGUAUGGAGGCCAAGGGCAUUGAGAUCAAAGGAACCGCGUUGAAACGCGCGCGUAGUGGUCAGAUCAAGGGCAAGCCUGUGCCAAAACACAAUUCGGAUUGUUCCAUUAUCAGUGAAUGGCGGGCAUUGCCUAAUCAAAACUCCACGCCUUGGCUUUCAACAAAUACGCCACACUUGAACCCAGCAGCAAGAUUGCACAACGAGAUUAUCGCGUUUUACAACUGGGUCAGGCCGCAUUACUACGAACAGAUCGUCCGAGAAGAUCUCGUAUUACGCUUGAAAACCGCAUUGCGGAAUCGCCCUGCCCGUUACCAUUAUGGUCGUAAGGCUGACCACAGUAGUGAUACACUGGAAGCAUAUGGCUCAUUUGCAUCGGGAUUAUAUCUUCCCAUAGCUGACAUUGAUCUGGUGCUCUUUUCCGGAAAAACCAAGGGCUAUCCUCCCAACCCACGUAGUACACUUUUUGGCUGCGCUGACCAUUUGGAGAAAACGGACGAUACGGGUUUUGCUGCCCAUAAGUCUGUCUUGCGAAUUGCUGGUGCUCGGGUUCCCAUUCUCAAAUUGAUUGAUAACUUGACUGGACUCCCUGUGGACAUAUCAUUUGACAAUGACACUGGCACUCCUGCCAACGUCACAUUCCGAGCUUGGAAAGAGGAGUUCCCAACAAUGCCGGCCAUUGUAUCCGUGAUCAAACAAUUCUUACUCCUCCGAGGGUUGAACGAAGUAUCCACUGGUGGCCUAGGGGGAUUUUCAAUCACAUGCCUUGUGGUUAGUCUUCUACAACACAUGCCGAAGAAUGAACAGCAAAAUGUUGGCUACGUUCUGCUAAAUUUCUUCGACUUCUAUGGGAACCAAUUUGAGUAUUGGACAUAUGGCAUUCGAAUGAAUCCGGCGGGGUACUUUAAUAAGCUUGAUAAAUAUGCUGAUGUCCCCUCUUUCACCAACAGGGACCGCCUGAUGAUUGAAGAUCCUAACACGAAAAGGCAUGAUAUCUCUGGUGGAACCCAUGAAAUAUCACUUAUCUUCCGUGCUUUCUCGCAAGCCCAUCGCGCAUUGAAAACUCGCAUGGACACAUGUGCAACUCGUCCCAAUGCCAGCUUGCUGGAUGUUAUCAUUGCGGCAAACUAUGAUGAGUACAGUGAGCAGCGAGACGUGUUGCGUGACGUCUAUGACCAUGCACCCCAAUUUGCCCACAUACGAAAUGCUCCCCCACCUCCCCCGCCGGUUCGAGAAAGUCCUCCCCCCCCGCCACCGGAUAACCCAUAA